AUGCUGAUGCGACAUGGUCUACUGCUACUUGUGGAGAUCUCGUUCGCAACAGCCUUUCGCCCGUCGCUGUUGGCCCGCGGCAAUGCCUCCGUUGCGGAAGUGCUGCCACCGCCAGCACCUCCAGUGGCACCGCCUUGUGUAGUUUGCAUCAAGCAGGCUCGGCAUUCGACGCCUUUUCAGUCUGCCACGGUGAUCCAGACCCCCCGAAAAUUCCAGCCCACGCUGGAGAAUCUCCGGCGGAUGCUCGAGCUCGGUGCCUUCACCUUGGCAUGCUUCUGUGUUCUGCAGUGGAGGGCUUCAGCGACGACGACCAGUCCGCCCAUUCAAAGUCCACACCUUGACCUCGAUGCCUCGCUCACCGUCUGUGGUGUGGGCCGGUACCAGCUGACCAUCGCGCUGGCCAUCAUGCUCGCUUGGAUGGCUGAUGGUGCGGAGAAUGUGCUACUUCACAACAUGUCCCCUCACCUGGUAGAUGCACUGGAUACAGACGAGAUCAGCUUGGCCGACCUGCGCAUCUUCAGCCACGUCGCCAUGGCUUGCUCAGCAUUCCUCAGUGGGUCCUGCGCAGACAGCUUCGGUCGGCGUCCUGUCUUCUGUAUCUCAUGUCUUCUGGCUGCCACGUUCUCCUUGCUUUCCAUCUUUGCACCUGUUUUUUGGAUAUUCUGCCUUUGUCGCGUUCUGACCGGCGUCGGCUUGGGGGCCCUCGUCGGGACGGAUGUAGCACUGCUUUGUGAGUUCUUGCCGGUGUCGAAGCGAGAGUGGGUGGUCCCGUUCCUGUACGUGGGAUAUGUUGUGGGACGACUCUACGCAGACUUCUGCACUGCCAAAGUCUACCCGCUGGUGGAGAACUGGCGUGCCCCAUUCCUUCUUUGCAGUGUGCCACUGGUGCCUUCUUGCCUUCUGCGCUUCGGCCUGCACGAGACGCCCCAGGCCCUCCUUGCACGAGGCUUAGUCGGCCACGCCAAGUUUGUUCUCACGGCAGUGGCUCAGACAAAUGCUAGUGUGAGGAGCACCUCCUGCGUCAUCACCGGUGGCCGACCGGUCAAGCAAUACCAGGGCCUGGACUUCCGAAAUUGCCUCAAUGCGGGCUUCCUGGCCGCCCUCCGACAGAACCACCUGGAGCGAGUGUUGGCUGUCUCCGUCUUGGCCGUGGCUCUGGCACUCGGGAGGCUCCUGGAUUCCGUCACGCCCGAGCUCCAGGCGCACUUCAACCUGCACGGCAACUCUUUUUCCAGUCCGGUGUGGUUCGCUGUUCUGACCUGUUUGUGGUGUGCCUUGAGCAUCGGGAUGAUGCAGACGGGCUUCCUGGCCUGGGACAUCUUCAUUGGAGGUUGCCUCAUCUCGCAAGGAGUGUUGCUGGCCUUCUCUUAUCUUUGGCAGAUCGCAUCGCCGGGCUGGAAGAGCUUCAAUUUGCUCCUUGCUGCGUGGGCCAUCGCUGAGGGCAUGACGAGUACGCCGUUCUACGCCAUCUGUGUCCGGAUGUUCCCGGAGAAUGCGCGUGCGACUUCCAUGGGACUUGUGGACGCCUUCUUCAGAUCAGUCGUGGCACUUCAACCCUUUCUUGCAGCGGACCUUCUCAGCAACCUUGGGACAGCUCUGACGGCUGCUGUGCUGGGGGCUUGCUGGCUCUUGGCGGCGGCUCUGGCUCUGCUUCUGCGCCGCCUCUGGGAGGCGCCUCCUCAGCCCGAGGAAGUCGACGUGUCCAAGGCCUGA